CAUUGAAGGAGAGCUGCAGCCGUCUGCCGUCGUGGGUCUCCAGGUUCCGUCACCACCGGUGAGGCGACCUCAACGCACCCAGACUUCGCCGGAAAAGACGCCGGAAUCUAGCAGAUAGAAGGUGGCGACUUCCAGUUAGCGGCGCACCUUUUUCCGGCCACCACAUGCAGCGACGAAGUCUCAAAAUGUUCCCAAAUUGUUCCUGACAGUCAUACGACUCCAACGCCACUGGCCAAAGCAAAUUUGGUUACCGGAAUCAGCAGAUCAGUCCUGCAACCCGACUCGGCAUUGCCCUUAUCCAAUUCUGCUCCGAUCUAUUUUUCCAAAAAAAAUAGCCAUAGAAAUCUAGGGUUGUGAGAAGAGAUUUCUAGGAGUGAAAUAGUCGUCAGUCACACUCUUGAGUCUUGCCCACUACCCAGCGCCGACUCCCUCGCCUGAAAUACUCAAUCGUAGAGAGCCUGAGAUGCCGACUCCCUCAAUCCCUAUUGAAUCAUGUUUGAUUGUUUGAGGCAUGAAGCGAUCAAUCGAUUGUGCGCAAUCACAGUCACAGGAAGUGCCUUCAACGAAUGUUUCUCAUGACUCUCAUGUAGAGACAGUUCAAAAUGAAUAUAGAAGUCUUUUGAUAACGGGUGCCUCAAAAUCACAUAUACCACACCCUAACAAAAACCCAGGCCUAGGCGUCGGCAACCGCCAUUUGGAUUAAUUCCGAAGUUCUCUAACACCAAAGAUGGUUCAAGCUCUUAUAUGUGGGCAAGAUUGGAUUCGUGCACAAUUUCGCAAAACAAAACUUAAUAUGGAAGAGAAUUUAGAAGAAUUAGAAAAAUUAGAGAAAGGGUGGAAAACCAACUUAUCUUAAUACUGUACCAUGCUUUCCAAAAGUACACAAAAUCAAGCAAACCCGCGUUGUCUCGCUCUCUCUCUCUCCUCUUCCGCUCCGUUUACAAGUCAGUCUUCGGUCAGUGUACGACGAUACGUCUCUCUGUCCUCGUGCGGCGGCGGCAAUUUCAUUUCCUCCGUUUCCGGAUUUGUAGACAGUAGAUUACCAAGAAGAUAGGAAGAUUUCAAUAGAUUUACCGCUGAUGCUGGCCUGCUCAAUCUUUAGAGCAUUUGUAUAGUGAUUAUUACAUGGAUCGAUCCCGACCUCGUAAUCGAGAUGCAUCGAUUGCCUUUUAUCUCGGGUCAUAAGAAGCGGAUGGACUCCAAGUCCAGCCGCCGAGGCAAAUCCGCCGCCGCCAAGCAAUCCCCCAAACUCGAGCGCAGCAUCGCUCUGAGGAAUGUCGACUACGAGCCCUCCACCUCAUCUUCUUCAUCCUACAGCGGAUCCCUGGACCUGGAUAGAAUGAGGAGCUUUCGAAUUGAUGGGACCUGUGGCGGAAUUGAAGGGAUGUUCAGAGACUUGGGGCUUUCUGCUGAUGACUUUAUUAUUCCAGCAGCCGAAUGGGAGGCAAUGAAGGUGCGGUCUUCUUCGGAUCCCCUUCCCCUUCUUAGUGAUUCUGCUAGUUUGAUCGUUUGUAAAGAUUCUGAGGUUUGUGUGGUGAAUCCAAGGCGGAGUGAUUGUGAUGUUGGUGGCUUUGGCACUAGCCAGGAUGCCGGGGUUUGUGGAGCAGUUGAUAGAUUUGAUGACCGUCUAAGGUGUGAUAGUGUCGUUUUGGAUGAAACCGAGCCUGUCAGAUUAGUUCCUGGUAAUGAUGGUCGUCGAGGCAUCAAGGGUCUCAAGCCUCCUACUUUGACUACACCGUCUCCAAUGUCAUUUCCACUCGAUGAUUCGUGUUCAACUUGGGAUGUUGUGAAUGAAUUUGGGCCAAAUGAAGACAAGGAAUCAGAUUUCAAGCUUCCGGAAAGAUUGAGGCCGGGAGGCGAAGUUGGAUAUAUAAACGGUGCUCAGGAAUGGGCGGGAGAAGAUGGGGACACGAAAAAUGAUAUAGGCACAAGAUUAACGAAUGGGGUGCUUUCAGCAUCUAGUUCAUUUACCACAAAUUCAAAUGAUGAUGAUUCUUCAAGCACCACAACUGAGCCUAUGUCAGUCAUUUCCCCGAAUGGGAAAUUCCUUCGUAUUAUUACUGGUUGGCAGAAGGGUGGACUCUUAGGAAGCGGAUCAUUUGGAACAGUCUAUGAAGGCAUUGCAGAUGGUGGCUUCUUUUUUGCGGUGAAGGAAGUUUCUUUGCUGGAUCAAUGUGAGGAAGGGAGGCAACGCAUUUGCAACCUUGAACAUGAGAUUGCUCUCUUAAGGCAGUUUGAACAUGAGAACAUUGUUCAGUACUAUGGUACAGAGAAGGAUGAUUCAAAAUUAUAUAUAUUUCUAGAGCUGGUAUCUAAGGGAUCACUUCUGGAACUGUAUCAGAAAUAUUGGCUUCGAGAUUCCCAAGUCUCUCGCUAUACUAGGCAGAUUUUGCUUGGGCUGAAGUAUCUACACGAUCAAAAUGUUAUCCACAGGGAUAUCAAAUGUGCAAACAUAUUGGUGGAUACUAAUGGGUCAGUCAAACUUGCAGAUUUCGGCCUUGCAAAGUCCAUUAAAUUGAACGAUGUGAAGUCCUGCAAGGGCACUGCCUUCUGGAUGGCUCCUGAGGUUGUUAACAGUAGGAGUGGUGGUUAUGGGCUUGCGGCAGACAUAUGGAGUCUUGGAUGCACCGUCUUGGAGAUGCUUACACGCCAAUUCCCUUACUCCAAUCUAGAGAAUCAUAUGCAAGCAAUUUUCCGGAUUGGAAAGGGUGAGCCACCUCAUGUGCCUAACACACUCUCAGAUGAUGCGUGGGACUUUAUACAUAGCUGUCUUCAAGUAGACCCAAUAGCUCGUCCAAGUGCUUCUCAAUUACUGGAGCAUCCAUUUGUGAAACAGCCACUCACGUCAUCCACCUCAGUUUCAGCAUCAGCAUCUCCUCGCUGUGUUGGCAAGAGAGGAGCAUUUUAAAAACUGUUGCUUCAACUACUAAUGAUCUCUUUAAUUUGCCUAAAACCUACAAGAUUGCCUCUGUUGAGUCCCUGGGAUGUCAAUGCUGCUUCCCUACAUGCUCAUUGCUACUAGUUUGAUCAAUGGAAACCAGACUUAACAGUCGCUUCUAACUAACCUUUUUUUAUAUUCUUAGGUUAGGAAGAACUGUCACUGGGGUUUCGGCAUAGCUAGGACGCUUACUGUUGUAACUUGUAAGUUCAUUAUUUUUUUCUUUAAAUUCUUUUUUCGAUGAUCUAGCUAGUUAGCAUGGCCUAUUACUCCGUCUUCGUUUUUGUCUGCUGUUUUGGUAAAGCAUGUCGAGAUCAUUAUCUAUGUAUG